GAGGAAAUCACCAUCAUGCCGAUUUUGAUACAAGCGCUGAGCGCUGAAUGCUGGUAUAUAUAGCAUGAACGCUAGACCGUUAUACACUCCUAACAUCUCCCAUCCUCGAAUAUGACUGUAGUCUCAAAUGAUCCCAGUUGGUGGCCCUACGUCAAUUUCAGUAUUUUGUUCAGCUAUUGGAUUGUUGCCGCAGGCAUCGUGGUGGUAUACGAUUGGUUAUUAACACUCGCACAAGAGAUUGACCUCAUUUGGACCCAACGCUGGUCUCUCGUGACCGUGCUGUACCUAGUCACACGCUAUGUUGGAAUACCAUAUUCUGUUGCUAUCAUUCUACAAUACAUCACGUGGGUCUCGUUGACAGAUGCAGGGUGAGUGCGAUUUGACCAUCGGACUUGGCUCCACAUAAUGACUCAAUAGGUGCAAUAUCAUGAACUAUGCAAUAAAUGGGACAAAUGUGAUCGUAACUGCCAUGUUGGG